AUGGCUCAUAUCAGGUGUCGCUGGAGGGCCUGCAUGCUCUGCCUGUGCACGUCCUGCCUCUGUGUGCUGCUGCUGUUUCUCUACAUGGUCAUCAUGAUGUCUGUGGCCAUGAAGAAACAUGUCGCAGGGGAAGCUCCUCUGGGCAGCAGCAUGGACGACUACAUGGUUCCUCCGAAGAUAAAAGCCCCUCCAGACCCCAAUGACCGCUUUAUCGCUACAGGAGCAGUAAAGACUAAAACGUAUUCAGCUACACCCAAAGUAUUCUGGGACAAAAACAAACAAGUAGCUCUGUGGAACCAGCUCCAGAAAGAGGUGGACGCUCAGUUGAACCCCAUCCUGCGUCCAGGGGCCCCACAGACGGCCCCAGAGGCCUCUCUGCUCUCUCACUCUCUCUCUGAGCUCAGAGGCUUUAGACACAGCAGCCUCACUCAGCAGCUGCUGCUCUAUGUGAGCUCCAUGAGCAGAAGGCAGUACCCAGUGCUGCUGCAGCCCGAGGGUCAGUGUGGGGUAGGGGACACACAGGAGAGGGGCCCCACCCUGCUGCUCUUGGCCAUCAAGACCUCAGCCCAAAACUACAGGAACAGGCAGGCCAUCCGCCAGAGCUGGGGCCGGGGGGGCUUGGUGUACCCACAGAGGAGCGGGGCAGAGAGGAGGGGGGCUUAUGUGCGCAGGCUCUUUCUGCUGGGCACAGAGCGCUCUCCUGACUUAAGGAACAUGACCUCUGACCUCCUGCGUUUGGAGAGUCAACAUUAUGGAGACCUGCUGCAGUGGGACAUGUGGGACAGUCCUCUGAACGGGAGCAUGCAGCGGCUGCUCUUCUGGAGCUGGUUCAGAGACUCUUGUGGACACACGGCCUUCGUGUUGGAGGGGGACGAUCAGUUGUUUGUCAACACUCCAGCGCUGGUGUCUCUGCUCCAGGAGCAGCUGCACACGCCUCACCUGCAGGACUUCAUGAUGGGGAACGUGGUGGUUCGAGGUCGGCCCCAGAGGAACUCUCACUCUCAGGAGUUUAUCCCCGAAAGCUUCUACAGAGGCUGGUACCCGAUGUACGCCCGCGGGGAGGGGCGGGUGUCUUCUGCUCUGCUGCUCCAGCGCCUGCUGCAGGUUUCUGACAGGGUGCACCUGUUCCCCAUUGAGCAGGUUUACGUGGGGAUGUGUAUGAUCCGUCUGAACCUGUCACCCACACAUCACCCUGCCUUCCUCCCCUCUGAGUGGACUAAAGAGGAGCAGGAGCCCUGUGCUGCUCACAGAGUGCUGCUGCUGCACACACACAGCCCCACACACAUGCUGCAGCUAUGGGAGCGCUCUAACACCCACACUGGACCCUGCGCCAACGCCACUGUGCCCCCCUCACCACCAGGGGCACUAGACUCACCACUGAGGCAAGAGGGCAUGUUAUGUUUUAGCCAUGAUGUAUGGAGGAGCUUAUAA